AUGGAAACGCGGCAGGCAUUCAGAAGGCUUGGUGUCGAUCUUCAAAACCCGGCGCGUUGUGAUCUCGAAUACGUCUUCGACGUAGCAAAGGCUGCUGUCGAGAAACGGGAUGGCACAGGUAGCCUGCGGGCUUGCAAAGAAUUCGCCCGCAGCUGUCUCAAGAACGCAAACAGGCGAGACACGGCUCUGGGUGCAAUCAUGUCCAUGAUCCCUGGAGACAUCUAUGGUUCCGUCCUCUCUGGUGGCGUCAUGACAAUUUUGGCAGUUGCCGAUGUGCAUGAGAAACGAAGGCAAGCCGUUGAAGACGCUCUGGCUUCUAUACCCAAAAAGCUGGCCAUGGUUCAGAGACUCUCCGAUGUUCACGUGAAAUCAGAACUCCUCCACGAGAGAGCUGAUGGAGUCUUGGUUGCUAUCUUUGUUGUCCUGGAAGAGAUUGUCAAUGAUUUGACCAUGGAUUGGACAGCCAAGAUGAAAUCAAAGAUGAAGUUCGGGGCCGAGGAUCGGAUCUCCAAUGCGUUGUCCUCUCUGGACGAGAGUUUGUCCGAGUUCGAAGCAGAGUUGAACAUCUGUACCCAGCAUCGGUUUGGUCGAAUGCAUGAAGCAUUGAUUGCUCAAGAGAAGAACAUCCAGAAAAUUCUAGACAUAGCAAAUGCCUUUGCCGCAAAUCUCAGUGAAAAGUCUUCCGACACGGCAGUUCAACAGUUCCUGGAGAAGCAAUUUCUCAACGCCUUGACGAUUUCGUGCGCUAGCGACUCGAACUUCGACACAAUCAACGGCGGGCUCCGACUGCCGCCAGCUUUAGCCGUUCAAUUGACCCAGGACAGCGAGGGAGGAGAUGGCCAGGUAAACGACACCAGUGAUGUUUUGCAGAAAAACAAACAGAUCGUCGACCAAUGGCUCGAAUCAAUCGGGGAAUUCGACCCCAGUCCAGAGGCACACGUCAAAGAAUGCAUCCGCGCCGGUCUCGGCCAACUGAGGCUCGAUGACCGAGAAAAGAGCGAGUGGAUCAUGUCUUCUGAUGAAUUUCGCAAUUGGAUGCGCCUCGACAAGUCGAACAUUCUCAGUAUCAGAGCCGAAGAGGCGCCAGAUGGCUUGUUUCACCCUUUCUGCUUCACAGCUGCCCUGGUCAGCGAGAUACUCCGGAAGUCGACCGGCUACCCUGUCUUGUCUUUCUUCUGCGGCUUGCGGACAAAUGACUCGUUUGACACCGUACUAUGCGGUCCCAAUGCGGUCGUCAAGAGUCUCAAUGGCCAGCUCUUACAAUUCUGUCUGCAAAAGCGGCCCGGAGUCGACCUAUCCUCACUCGAUCGACGAAAAAAGAACUUGAUAAAAAAGUCUACCAAGAAAGUGGAAUACGGCAUGAGGCUUUUCCGCGGUCUGCUCGAGUCACUAGAAGACAAGGACGUCGUGUACGUAAUCCUUGACUCCUGGUCGCGGUUGCUCGGGUCGAGGGAGGAAGCAGAUGAUGUGAUCAAGGGGCUGCGUCAGACGGUCGAAGACUUGCCCAACCUGGUGAUCAAACUGCUUGUACUCGACGCCCUGGCUUCGGACCCCGUGCACGAAUUGGCAUAUUCGUUGCUCUAUGUCCCCGAGGAGAUCGACGGUUGGAAGAACAAUGUGCAAUUAAGCCAGUUGGAGCAAAGCAAUCUGAACCUGGUCAAGAAGCUCGAAGAUACACGUCGCAGGGAAAGCGAGGACAUGGCCGAGUCGGAUUCGGAAGACUCGGACGACAGCCGGUAA